AUGGAAGAUGUCGAACACAUCACGUCGAAUGCUAUCCAAGUGUCACAGAAUUCAGCACCAAAAAUCCAAUAUCCUUAUCAAUUACCUAAAAUAUCGUUAACACUUGCGAAAGUCAUCACAAGUAGCGAAACAAACAAAUCUGCUAUGGCGAGUGAAGCUAAAAAUAGAUUUCCAAUUCGUCGUAAACUUCGCUCUUGUCCACUUAGGGCUGGGAUUGAAAUGAAACCAUUGCCAGCGGAAUGCUGGAGAUUGAAACAAUUUAUGUAA